AGCAGCCGGCCAAGAUGGCGGCGGCGCCGGGCCGUUGAGCGGGCCCCCGCGGGCGGGCGGGCAGGCAGGCAGGCAGGCGGCUCCUCGGGGCGGCGGGCUCCGGCUGCUUCUGGCGGGGGAUGCUGACCGGACGGGACUCGCCGCCACGGCUCUGAGCACAUCGACCCUCCGGCUGCGGUGAGCCUUCCCGGCGGGGCCCCGCCGCUCGCGGGGCCGCCGCUGGCGAUGACCGGAGAGAAGCUGCGCUCGCUGCGCAGGGACCACAAGCCCAGCAAGGAGGACGGGGACCUGCUGGCGCCCGGCGAGGAGGAGGCGGCGGCCACGCCCGGGGGCAUCUUCACCGGGGGGCGCGGGAGCAGCGGCAAGGGCGGCCGGGCCGGGGGCCACCGCAUCUUCAGCAACCACCACCGGCUGCCGCUGAAGGGGGGCCCGGCGGCCGGCGGGACGGGCCCUGCCGCCGAGCCCGACAAGUGCCCGGCGCAUUUCCCCGUGCACGAGUGCGUCUUCAAGGGGGACGUGAGGCGGCUCUCGGCCCUCAUCCGCACCCAGGGCAUCGGCCAGAAGGACAGUCACGGAAACACUCCUUUACAUCUUGCUGUGAUGUUGGGACAUAAAGAAUGUGCCCACUUGCUUUUAGCCCAUAAUGCUCCAGUAAAGGUGAAAAAUGCUCAGGGAUGGAGCCCUCUUGCAGAAGCCAUCAGCUAUGGAGACAGACAAAUGAUUUCAGCACUUCUAAGGAAGCUUAAACAGCAGUCCAGGGAAAGUGUUGAAGAAAAGCGACCUCGAUUAUUAAAAGCCCUGAAAGAGCUAGGUGACUUCUAUCUAGAGCUUCACUGGGAUUUUCAAAGUUGGGUGCCUUUACUUUCCCGAAUUCUGCCUUCUGAUGCAUGUAAAAUACACAAACAAGGUAUAAAUAUCAGGCUGGACACAACUCUCAUAGACUUUACUGACAUGAAGUGCCAACGAGGGGAUUUAAGCUUCAUUUUUAAUGGUGAUGCCGCACCCUCUGAAUCUUUUGUAGUUUUAGACAAUGAACAAAAAGUUUACCAGCGAAUACAUCAUGAGGAAUCUGAGAUGGAAACAGAAGAAGAGGUUGACAUUUUGAUGAGCAGUGAUAUUUACUCAGCAACUUUAUCAACCAAAUCAAUUACCUUCACACGUGCCCAAACGGGAUGGCUUUUUCGAGAAGACAAAACAGAAAGAGUAGGAAACUUCUUGGCAGAUUUCUACUUGGUUAAUGGACUUGUAUUAGAAUCAAGGAAAAGAAGAGAACAUCUCAGUGAGGAGGAUAUUCUUCGAAAUAAAGCUAUCAUGGAGAGCCUGAGCAAAGGUGGCAACUUAAUGGAACAAAAUUUUGAGCCUGUCAGACGGCAGUCACUUACUCCACCAUCACCCAAUACGAUUACAUGGGAAGAGUACAUAUCUGCUGAAAAUGGGAAAGCACCUCAUCUGGGUAGAGAGCUGGUCUGCAAAGAAAGCAAGAAAACCUUUAAAGCCACAAUAGCUAUGAGCCAGGAAUUUCCCUUGGGAAUUGAAUCAUUGUUGAAUGUUUUAGAAGUAAUUGCACCCUUCAAGCACUUUAACAAACUUAGAGAAUUUGUUCAAAUGAAGCUUCCACCAGGCUUUCCUGUAAAAUUAGAUAUUCCUGUAUUUCCCACCAUCACAGCCACUGUGACUUUUCAGGAGUUCCGUUACGAUGAAUUUGAUGAAUCCAUCUUCACUAUUCCUGAUGACUACAAGGAGGACCCCAGCCGUUUUCCUGAUCUCUAACUAAACUGGAAGGUUAGUGGUGAAUAACAAUACCAGCGUACCACAGUGAAAGCAAGUGGAUGCAAGUAGCCCACAGAUAUAGAUAGAAAAGUGGGUCAUAAAGGAAGGGAUGAACUUAAUAAUCCAGAAGAAAAGGGAACAUGCAUCGAAUGACUGACGUACUGAUACUCACUAUAAUGGGCAUCUAAUCUAGUUCCUGAUUUACAGCAAGUCUCCUGAUGUGUCGUUCACACUUUUAUACAUCCAGUACUGCAAGCGUGGUAGUUUGACACCUCAAUGACCCUGAUAAUACUUAACAGCUGUGAGGACUAUCAUUCGUUUUUAAAUUUUUUACAUUUCUUGGUGAUACAAAAAGCACUGUCGGACCAUUAGCGUAAAAGUUGAAAUGUCUUAGCUGGAUAUUAGCCCUCUGAAACAUCCCACCAUACUUAAGGUGACCAUAUUAUAUUCUUUCACGCUUUGUUUUCAUGAAUUGUAAAGUAUGUAUCAUUAUGUAUAGUUCAGUAAUUCUAACGUUAGUUGAACGUAUAUUAGAAGGAAUGCAUUUUCUGUAGAUGAAUGAACCAAAUGGUAACCAUUAAAACAAUUGCAUUUUCAUACUGCAAUACACUUCAGAAACAGCAUUUGCUCUGCAGGGAAUAAGGUACCUCCUCUAGCACCUUAGUGCAAUCCAUUGUGGUGCUAUCCAUGUCUCUGAACCGUUGAUUUCUUCACUGAGCUGUUCAUUAAUCUUCCUUUCGUUGACUCUGCGCUUAACUUCUCUCCACCAUACUGGCUUGGGAGUCCCUGCUGUGUCCAUGAUGCUUUGUUGAUUAGCAUGCUUGGUUUGUUAGCUAGGAAGUCACUUUGAUCUUCUUUUUUUUACUUACUUAGGAGACUUGCUCCAUAAUGGUUGAGCAUCAGCUGGGUUACCUUGUAUUUGUAUUCAGCAGCCACUUGAAAACAUGGGGUGCGUAUAAAGAGUUACUAGAACAAUGGGUUUGAGCAUUAAAUCUUCAUAUAAGAAAAAGUUUCUCUUGAAGUUAGUUUAAUUGUAGUGCACAUUGAAUAGGGCUCACAUGGGAAGAUUUUAUUUGCUAAUGCUUAGAAUGUUUCUGGCUUAAUUUCCUUCCUUUUAAUAUUUUUAAUAGGUAGGCGUUUCAGCGCUCUGGCUUCUUGAGCUUAUUCUCAUUCCAAGUGGUUCCAGUCUCCUAAUUUGACAAUAAUCCAGCUUUUUGGUUUGUUAGAAAGAAUUUGUGCAAAAGGCUAAUGGUGCUAUUUGUUUGUAUUAAGAAAUUUAGAUUAAAGUGCUGUGGUGUAAUUGUAAAAAAAUAAUAUGUAAAUAUUUUCAAAAUUAUAUUCUUUGUGCACUGUAGUUAAAACUUUUUCUGGAAAUCAAUAGAGUUAAGUAUCAAACUUUAUAAUAAAGAGUACCAUCAAUGCUUAGUAAAGGUAACCAACCUAACUAACUGUGCAGGUGAUAAAUGGAGAUGGCUUAUCACAAGUCAGGCACAUUGACAGAAUGUGGAAAUACAUGUCUGGAGCAGAUGUUCUUUCAAAACCUCUGCAAUCCGUCUGUAUAAAACCCAAAGAGGCUGCUCUAGAGAGGUGUGGUACCCACUCUAAAUGGGGUCCUAGUGAAUCUAGGACCUGUACAAAGUACAGGUAAACUGAAAAUAGGAGGUUGAGGUUGAUCCUCUUCCAGCAUCACUAGAAACCUGCAAGUUGGACAGGUGAGUAAUGUUUACUUUGCAGACCAUGAUCGAUACACUGGAGUUAUUAAUUCAAAAGCAAAUCAAAAAUCGAACUAUAGGGGGGGGAAAAAGCAAAGGGAAAUGUAGAAUUGUAAUUACUGUCAAAGUACUGUAUCAGUAGCAGAUGUCGAACAUUCAGUAGGAAUGAUGGAACUUGGUCUUCCAAGUCAUUAUGAAUUCCUGAAGCGUUGUACAUCUACGGUAUGAAUUGAUACCCGCCUCGUGGUGCUCCUCAGAAUCAGCCGAGACCCCUGCCGUGAGAGACCAGGGCUGAAUGUAUGGAGGGACUGAGUUGUCCUGUCGGUGCUGGAGGUCUGGAUUAAAUGUCCGUGGGGCCAAAUACAGAUUUCUGCUGUUGCCCUCUUGAACUGACGUCCGUUGCAGGGUAGAAUGUUUGGUGGAGUGCUGCUGGAUCGGGUCUUGUGCCAGGCGUGAUGCUGCAGAGUGCAGGCGCCAUACAGGAGCACAGAGUUACUUGGAAAUUUCAGCAAAUGCAGAAGAACAUUUCUCCAUAAGGUGAAUGUUAGAGAUCGUUUUUCUCAGUCUUGCAGGGAAGGAACCAUAUGUUUCACAUUACUUCGCGUUUUCGGUUAUUCCAGAUUACCAUUACAGGGCUGGCUGGCAUAGGAAGGAGCGGACAUAGCUACAUGGUUUAGGCAGUAUAACAACUGCAGUGGACUGGAUUCUAGACUUGAAAAAACAAAGCUUUUUGUGUAGCCUUACAUGAGAACAGAGGGUUCUGUGUAUCUCCGUCUGCCUAUAGAACAGCCCAUGUCAUCUUCUGGUGGCAAAUGAGGUGUCCGACUCGAAGCCCACUGCAGUCUGCGGAAGUGUUUUCUGCCAUUUCCUCGGACUCUGGCUGCAGAUUAUGUGGGGUUUUUUAACAGUCAUGAUUAUACAACUACUAACUUUGAUACAUUUUAAGAUUUGCAGAAACUUUUUAUAGUGGGUUGCUAUAUUAAGACUUGCUGUAAUUUGGAGUGUCAGCAGAGAAGAGUGGACCCAGAUUUGGUUGACUGGAGUUGUUUUUUACAUUAUUACGGUGAACGUACCCUGCUGCUUCUUUUCUUCUUACUAUGGAGCUGAAUGAUCUGACUCCAACCAGAUUGUCCUUUCCAGUUCGGUGACUGUUGUCGGAUUCCUGUGACAGCCUCAUGAAGUCAGACUCGGUGUGCGGUUUCUCGGUACAUUUCCUUCCAACUUUUGGUGAUGUGUUUUCUGAAACAUUCCUAGUGAUGAGUUUCAAAACUUCAAACACAGGGACGCUUGGGGCAUAGUUUCCUGGUGGCUGCACUGCAAGCUGCAGGAGUCCUCACGAGCAAGAGGGACGUUAGGCUGAGCCUACCUUAGGGACGCGCGUCUUGGCACAACUGUAGCAAUCCACAGGCACGAAGAGGUGCGAUCCUGGCAGCGUAGCUGUGCUGGUGCAGUUCUUUAGUGGUGACUCUGUCCACACUGAUAUAAAUGUUUUAUCCACUGUAAUUUGUUUUGCUUGCAAGGGGGUUUUGUGUUGUACAGACACAAAGUGCGUAUUUGUCAGUAUGGAUGCGUCUGCGCAGAAGCUUUGCCGGUGCUGUGGAUGGGGGAAGUGUUUCUAGGCUAGAGGGAGCCUUAGUCCGCAGCUGUGCUGUGGGCACCGGUGUCCUGUACCACUUGCGAUCUCCUGGUCAGAUAUCUUUUGGUAAUUUAUUUUUUCUAGCAGAACUUCAUUUUUAUUUUUUUCCCUUUUCCUUAAGACCACGCUGGGUGUUAAGGGAAGGUCUGGUCCCCUGUGGAGUGAAUACCUAGCCGCAGCGGUUUCGGAGGUGGUCUCAUCACCGCUGCGCGGCAGGCAGCCUGUCAGCUUUACCUUGCACUGUGACUCGUGCACACGCAGGGACUUCCACUGCCCGGGAGGCCCGGUGUGUGUGUGUGUCUGGGUAACUGGAAGCGUCUUUGUGGAUGCGCCAGCUGAGGGGUCCGGCAUUGCCCGCGGUUAACACGGGUGGGGUGAGGAGCGGAGCUGGCACAGGCGGGGAGAGCCGCCAUGUCGACCCCUUGGUGCCCUUUGAGGUUAAGCUGACGGUGGUGCGUGAGCAGAGGGGCAAACCUCCGUGCCGGGGCUGUGGGAGUGACCACCUCAGUUCACAGUUUAGGGCAUUGUUUCUUUCUGAUCUCACCGCUUUUUUUUUUUUUCUUUCUUUUUCUGAUGGCUGUAAGGUUUUUUUACAAAUAUUAAAAGACAGCCGUUCAUUUUGGUAAAAGAAUUCCUAGGGUUGUUUCGUAACCAAACUGUUUUACUAGUCUUCCAAAAUACUGCUUUAAUUUGUGGCAAAGGGAAUGCGUUUUCUUUUUCCUUUCAAGGAGCUGCUGUUCCAGUCACUGUCCUCACUUUACUGCAAUUCUUGAUUUAUGUAUUGAAAUGACUUGUUACAAAAAAAACCACGACAAACCUCUGGAUAUAUUUGUGCUGGAAACCCACCUCGUUCAGUUGAUAUUCAAAGCAACCAUCUUUUUUUAAAAGUAUUUGUUCUUGAUUUGUAAUUCAUGCAAGGGUAACUGCAUUAUUUAAUCUGUAUUAACAAAUUUCCUGUAAUGCUGCAGUUUCACAUUUAUUUUCCUUACAAUUUGUAAUUAUCAUGGAAACAAUGUCACUUUUUUGCAUUUUACUAGUCGUCUGGUCCAUGUUUUUAACUUACCUUCACUAAUAGUAAUUUUUGGUUGUAUCAUUUGUUAGAAUAAAGACCAAAUUAUGCUGUUUGAUUCUGAAA